AUGUCCUCCAUUGGAUCUACCCUCAAGCACGCCAUGAACACCGUUGUCGGCGAUGCCAAAACCCGCGACCUCCAGCGCGACACCGUCGUGCCCACCAGAAACUCGGCCAUGACCACCGACUAUGGCGCGAAGAUGUCUGAUACAGACCAUUGGCUCUCUGUAUCAGACGGUUCCAAAGUCGGUCCAGCGCUGCUGGAAGACCAGAUCGCUCGAGAGAAGAUCCACCGAUUCGACCAUGAGCGUAUCCCUGAGCGAGUCGUUCACGCUCGUGGCACGGGUGCUCAUGGCGAGUUUCGCGUGUUCGACCACCGAGCAUCCAAGUACACAUCUGCACCUGUUUUGACUGACCCGUCGCGCACCACGCCCAUCUUCAUUCGCUUCAGUACCGUACAGGGCUCCAGAGGAAGUGCUGAUUGUGUUCGCGAUGUGCGAGGCUUCGCGGUCAAGUUCUACACGCCUGAAGGGAACUGGGACCUUGUCGCCAAUGACAUCCCAGUAUUCUUUAUCCAGGAUGCCAUCAAGUUCCCCGAUUUCGUUCACGCUGUGAAGCCCGAGCCGCAGAAUGAAGUGCCUCAGGGCCAAUCCGCUCAUAACAACUUCUGGGACUUCGUCGGUCUCCAGCCUGAAUCCGCCCACAUGGUUAUGUGGACGAUGUCGGACAGAGGCAUCCCUCGUUCGUAUCGCAUGAUGCAAGGCUUUGGCGUCAAUACCUUUACUCUAAUCAACGCCAAAGGCGAGCGACACUUUGUCAAGUUCCAUAUGACUCCUGAGUUGGGUGUCCAUAGUCUGGUGUGGGACGAAGCUCUGAAGAUCAACGGCCAGGAUCCAGAUUUCCACCGCAAAGAUCUGGCUGAAGCCAUUCACGCCGGCUGUUAUCCAAAGUGGACCUUCGGCAUCCAAGUCAUUCCUGAGAAGGACGAGCACAACUUUGAUUUUGAUAUCCUUGAUGCAACGAAGAUCUGGCCCGAGGAGCUUGUUCCUUUGCAACCUAUUGGAGAGCUCGUGCUGAACAGAACUGUUGAUGAAUACUUCCCCGAGGUUGAGCAAGUUGCUUUCUGUACUAGCCAUGUCGUUCCAGGCAUUGGCUUCAGCGACGACCCCCUUCUUCAAGGACGAAACUUUUCCUAUUUCGACACACAGAUCAGUCGACUUGGUAUCAAUUGGGAGCAGCUCCCUAUUAACAGACCCGUCUGCCCUGUCAUGAACAUCAACCGAGACGGCAAGAUGCAGAUGAGGAUUCACAAGACGAACCUCAAUUACUUCCCCAAUCGUGACUCGAUCGUCAACCCAGUCCCUCCCGCUGAAGGCGGCUACGUCGAGUUUAUGGAGAAGAUUGUUGGGCUGAAGCAGCGAGUGCGCGGUGCCAAGUUCCAGGAACAUUAUAACCAAGCUCAGCUCUUCUGGAACUCACUCACUCCUUGGGAAAAAGAGCAUACCAUCAAUGCCUUUGCCUUCGAAUUGAGUCACUGCGACGAUCAACGGGUCUACGAGCGCUACACGACAAUUCUCAACAACGUCGACUUCGAAUUGGCUAAGGCUGUUGCGAUCAAGGUCAACGGUGUUGUCCCGGAGAAGCCAGCGCGCCCCAACCACGGUCGCUCGUCAGCUCCCUUGUCGCAAUUCUACUAUGCUCCGAAGAAACCCAUCAUCGCCACUCGCCGCAUCGCAAUCAUUGUAGCUGACGGGUUCCACGAGGCAGAGGUCCUCGCCGUCCGUAGCCUGCUGGCGAGCGCUAAAGCCACGACUUGGAUCAUUGGGCCCCGUCGUGCUGCGGUCAAGGCCGCCGGUGGAGGACGGCUAGUCGCGGACCACUCGUUGGAGGAUCAGCGCUCGACUCUCUUCGACGCUGUCUACAUCCCCUCCGGAGAAGAGCACGCGAAGACACUCAUUGGCAAUGGUCGUGCUAUCCAUUGGAUUCGCGAGGCCUUCGGGCAUUGCAAGGCCAUCGGUGCCGUUGGCGAAGGUGUCUCCGUUGUCAACCACGCCCUCAACCUUCCCGAAGUCAAACUCUUCACUGCUCCCAACGAUGACACCGUCCUUACAUCCUACGGUGUCGUCACGACUGGGAAGUACGGUGUGAAGUCAGCAGCGACUGACGUUCUCCAGAUUGAGCCUGGGCCAAAGGGCUUCGUCUCCAACUUUGCAUAUGAAAUUAGCAAGCACAGGUGUUUUGAGCGGGAAUUGGAUGGGCUCACGGCCAAGGUAGCUUAUUAGAUAGUUUAGUUUAUAGAAAGACAAUGUGGACUUUAUGUUGUAGUAUUAGACUUCGGUGUUCGCGCAAAUGUAACAUAGUGGUGUCGCAGU